GCUCCGGAAAGGGGCGGAGCUUGAGAGCGCCGACCACCGGGCGGGAGACACCCGUAAGUGAGGUGAUCCGGGGUGGGGGCGAAAGAGGUGACCCGGCGGGUUAGAAGAUGCCACGGGUUGUCCCAGACCAGAGAAGCAAAUUUGAGAACGAGGAGUUCUUCCGGAAGCUGAGUCGUGAAUGUGAGGUGAGCCCAGGAGAUGGUGGUCAUAGGGGGCAGCGGAUUAAAUACACCGGUUUCCGGGAUCGGCCCCACGAGGAGCGCCAGGCGCGCUUUCAGAACGCGUGCCGGGAUGGCCGCUCGGAAAUAGCGUUCGUGGCCACAGGAACCAACUUAUCGCUGCAGUUCUUCCCAGCCAAUUGGCAGGGAGAGCCACGGCAGGCUCCCACCCGCGAAUAUGUGGAUUUCGAAAGAGAAUCCGGGAAGGUUUACCUGAAAGCUCCGAUGAUUCUGAACGGCGUGUGUGUGCUGUGGAAAGGCUGGAUCGACCUCCAGAGGCUGGACGGGAUGGGGUGUCUGGAGUUCGAUGACGACAGAGCGCAGCAUGAAGACGCUCUGGCACAGCAGGCUUUUGAGGAAGCCCGCAGGAGAAACCGUGAGUUCGAAGACCGAGAUCGCUCUCACCGGGAGGAUAUGGAGGUGAGAGUUUUACGGCCGCGCUGCCCGUAACUGCCCUUCUCUUUGGUGUAGGCUCGACGGCAGCAGGAUCCCACCUCUGGGCUGGGCGGCGGUGACGAUCUGAAGCUCCGUUAACUCGUCUCCUCCGAGCUGAUCACCCCAUCCACCUGCAAGACCAGGAGAGGACGGUAACUCGCCCCUCGGAGGCCGCUCUUCAUCCUCGCUCCUCGCUCACUCCCGAUUCUACGCAUGCUGACGGCAUCUUCGUAAACGGUUCACGCCGAUUCCUCUAUGCAAACCUCGCCGCACGUAGUCCGUCCACGGGCGGCUGCUGCAAUUUACUUACAUUUUGAGGAUAAAUAGGUCAAGUUUCUCUACAAAGAAUAUUUUUUGUUUUACUUUGUGAUACUGCUUUUUGCUUUAAGUUGCUGUUAUUUCUGGUACCUUUUUAUGUUGUAUUAUGUGAAUUUGUGAUUUAUG